AAGAGUGAAACGGAUAGAGCAGAACAACUGCUACUAGCACUCUAGCAGAGAGCCCAAGGCAGAGAGGGGGGGAAGCAGCCGCGAGGUUGGUGGUGCGGUGCCCGGGUAGACCACGGCGCACGCCAACCCGGACCCCGCCGCGCCCAGCAUUUCCCCUCGCCGCGCCGCCGAGGAGUACCUCCACCCCCCGCCCCCUUGGACCAGGCGCUAGCAAGUCCGGGAUGGCGAGCGGAGCCGUCGCGCCGCCGCCGCCGCCGCUGGCCGGCGGGCGGCGCGUCUUCGGUGGCCGGGGAGUCCUCCUCCGCCGGCGCCUCGCCGCCACGCCGAUUUUUCUUCUUUCAGGAAAGAUGAGCCCGUGAUUUCUACAAACAGCGGAAAAGAGGAAAUGAUUGCUCAUAGUGUUAAUGUUGCCAGAAAAGCAUCCAUCCCUAGUGUCUCAUCAAACAUAUCCAAUAGGACACCAGUGACACCAACACCUUUGCAUCCAGCAGAACCAUCCGAUCUCCGUUUCAAUCGUCUUCGACCCUCGAUUGAGAAAAGUGAUUGCAAAUACACAAGAUAUUUCGGUCGCUAUGUUGCUCGGGAGGCUAUAAUGGAUGAGGAAUACUGGAUCGCCGCAUGGUUGAGAGCAGAAGAUCACUAUGAAGAUCAGUCAGGCGAUCGCUAUGUUGAAAGCUUUAAAAGAAAGUUUGCAUCACAGGAAUUUCAUGCUUUAAAGAAGCGAUGUGGCAGGCAGGUUGGAGAGAAGUAUACCUGUUUUGUUGCGGUAAAGAAUGAUGACGUCACACGAACUGUGGUGAAUAGUGUUGUUGGUACAGUAGAUCUAUGUGUCAGGCAUCCUCUACAUGGGGAGACAUACCCUGCGGAGCCUGGAAACACACCAUUUUACUCUAGAAUCUAUCAGCCAGAUCAGCCAAAAUUUGGAUAUUUAACCAAUGUUUGUGUUGCUAAGUAUGCACGGCGUCAAGGGAUUGCCAGCAACAUGUUGUUAUUGGCCAUCGAUGCUGCAAGACUCGAUGGUGCUGAAAGUAUUUAUAUUCAUGUACAUAAGGAUAACUUGCCAGCUCGGAGGCUCUAUGAUCAUGUAGGAUUCAAGAUGGUUGACAUGGAUGGUGCUCGUCAGUCAUCAGAUCUGUGCUUACUCUCCUUCAAUUCUAUGCACUAGGCUAGUUAACAGGGGAUUUAUUCCCAUAUCCUUUGUGCAGGUGAAAGUAUGCCAUCAGUCCUCUUGAUUUAGAAAAAGCAGGACGGUGUCGGUGAAUAUGUUUUACCAUCUUGCACAUGAUAAAAGCUUGUAAAGUUCAAAAUCCUUGGAAUCGUCUACAUGGAGCGACAGUACCGGUGUCCAGAAUGCUGUUGAUGUGUGUGUGGGCUUUUCAUCUGAAUGCUUCGUUUUUUUUUAUUACUGUACAGUUUGUGAAGCAAGCCCAUUUGAUGGCUCUGGGUUCAUUCUUGUGAGUCUUGAAGAAAAAAUGUACAUCCAUGCUAACAAACAUCUGUAAUAAGAACUGUGAUUUAGUUCCUUCGGCCAUAGUUGGACCCGGCCUUUUA